AUGAACCUAAGCUUCUUCGACCAAUUCUCUAGCCCAUCCCUCCUGGGAAUCCCACUAAUCCUCAUCUCAAUAACAUUCCCAGCCCUACUCCUACCCUCCAUAGACAACCGAUGAAUCACCAACCGACUAUCAACCCUCCAACUAUGAUUCAUCAACCUUGUCACAAAACAACUUAUAUCCCCGCUAUAUAAAAAAGGGCAUAAAUGAGCUCUUAUCCAAACAUCCCUUAUAUUCUUCCUUCUCCUCAUUAACCUACUUGGACUACUACCAUAUACAUUCACUCCAACCACCCAACUAUCAAUUAACCUCGCACUUGCCUUCCCCCUAUGACUUGCCACACUCCUGACAGGGCUACGAAAUCAACCCUCUGCUUCCCUAUGACACCUACUGCCAGAAGGGACCCCAACACCACGAAUCCCAGCCCUCAUCCUUAUCGAAACAACAAGCCUACUUAUCCGACCACAAGCCCUACGAGUACGACUAUCAGCAAACCUUACAGCAGGACACCUACUUAUUCAACUCAUCUCAACUGCCACAAUACCAUUAUCUACAACAAUACCAGCAGUCUCCCUACUAUCCCUGCUACUACUAUUUCUUCUUACAAUCCUACAAGAAGCAGAAGCAAUUAUCCAAGCCUACGUCUUUGUACUUCUACUUAGCCUCUACCUUCAAGAAAAUAUCUAA